CCUUCCCUGUACUACAUGGGCCCUCUGUCUCCUACCAGGACGAUGCGGUUCUGGGGGCCUCGGAGCCUGGGGGUGGCUCUGGGAGUCUUCAUGACCAUCGGAUUUGCCCUCCAGCUCUGGGGGGGACCUUUCCAGAGGCUACCCAAGCUGCAGCUCCGACAUCCCUGGGCCCCAUCCCCAAGACCAGCCUCUCCGUCCUGCCCACCCCAGCAGCGGCUAGUGUUCCUGAAGACGCAUAAAUCGGGGAGCAGCUCUGUGCUGAGCCUGCUUCAUCGCUACGGGGACCGGCACGGGCUGCGCUUCGCUCUCCCUGCCCGCUACCAGUUCGGCUACCCAAGGCUUUUCCAGGCCUCUCGGGUCAAAGGCCACCACCCCCAGGGUGGAGACACCCAGUUCCCCUUCCACAUCCUCUGUCACCACAUGAGGUUCAACCUGAAAGAGGUACUUCAAGUCAUGCCUUCUGACAGCUUCUUCUUUUCCAUUGUCCGAGAUCCUGCUGCUCUAGCCCGCUCUGCCUUCUCCUACUAUAAAUCCACCUCAUCAGCCUUUCGAAAGUCACCAUCCUUGGCUGCCUUCCUGGCCAAUCCUCGAGCUUUCUACCGGCCUGGAGGCCGUGGGGACCACUACGCCCGCAAUUUACUAUGGUUUGACUUUGGUCUACCCUUUCCUCCAGAGAUGAGGGCCAAGAAAGGGAAUCCUCACUCCUCCAGAAAUCCCCACCCCCACCAGAUGCAUGUCUUGCCUUCCGGUGCUGGCCCCCGAGUCCGAACCCUAGAUCCCAAUGCUCUCUUCCAUCCUAUUUCCACUGUUGUUCAUGGUAACAUCCAGACACCCAGUCCUGCCUCUGUAAAUCUGGGGUCUUCAUCCUUCAUCCAGUGGGGCCUAGCCUGGCUAGACUCUGUCUUUGACCUGGUCUUGGUGGCUGAGUACUUUGAUGAGUCUUUAGUUCUGCUGGCAGAUGCCCUGUGCUGGGAUCUGGAUGAUGUGGUGGGCUUCAUGCACAAUGCCCAGGCUGGAGGUGAGCAGGGCCUCAGCGUUGCCAACAAUGGUGGAUUGACUGUUGAGGAUCAGCAGCUGAAUGCACGGGCUCGAGCCUGGAACAACCUGGACUGGGCUCUCUAUGUUCAUUUCAAUCGUAGUCUGUGGACACGGAUAGAGCAAUAUGGCCAGAAACGGCUGGAGAAAGCGGUGGCUGAGCUCCGGGCUCACCGAGAAGCCCUGGCUAAACUUUGUCUGGUAGGGGGUGAGGCUUUAGACCCUAAAUACAUCACUGACCGUCGGUUCCGCCCCUUUCAGUUUGGGUCAGCUAAGGUUUUGGGCUAUAUACUUCGGAGUGGACUGAGCCCCCAAGACCAGGAGGAAUGUGAGCGCCUGGUUACCCCUGAGCUACAGUACAAGGACAAGUUGGACGCCAAGCAGUUCCCCCCUACAGUCCCACUGCCUCUUAAGACUUCAAAGCUACUCUCUCCAUAA